CAGAUCCAACCCCGAAUGAUUAUUACCGAAUACGCCCGUGUACUGAGCUUCUAAAGGGAGAUCCUGGAAUCCCCGGGCCGCAAGGGCUGAAAGGCAAUCCUGGUAUCAAUGGGACAAAUGGGGAAAAAGGCGAUCCUGGUGAGAUGGGAGCACAAGGUCCAAAAGGUGCCAGGAACUGCAAGGAGCUGCUGGAUCAGGGGGUGGUAAUGAGCGGUUGGUACACAAUAUACCCGGAUGGGAUGGCGCCCCUGCAGGUUCUGUGUGACAUGGACACUGAUGGGGGAGGUUGGAUAGUUUUCCAAAGACGCUAUGAUGGCUCAGUAGACUUCUACCUUGGCUGGGAUUCCUACAGGAGGGGGUUUGGCAGCCGCCUGACUGAGUUCUGGUUGGGGAAUGACAAUCUCAGUAAUUUAACAUCGGCAGGAACAUGGGAAAUGAGAGUCGAUCUGAAAGACUUUGAUAACAUACAUUAUUAUGCAAAAUACUCGUCUUUCAGGGUUUUACCAGAGUCGGACAAUUAUACACUAAUUAUCGGCCCAUAUGUUGCUGGUAAUGCAGGAGACUCCAUGUAUGCCAACAACUCACAAUUCACCACAAAGGACCGGGACAAUGAUAUGUAUGCAGCAAACUGCGCUGACGUCGGCCGCGGAGGCUGGUGGUACACCAUAUGCUUUAAUGCCAACUUGAACGGAUUUUACCAUCUGAUACCGGACUAUUAUGUUGAUAGCAUCUGCUGGUUCACCAUAAGAAGCUAUCAUCCCUUAAAAUUCACUGAGAUGAAAAUGAGGCCAGCGUAAGGCUUCCGAUUCACGGCUGAUUUAGUGCUAUGUGGCAUAUUGUGCAAUUUGGCGACACGUGUAGAUGACACAUAUUACUGACCACAACUUGUAUUUUAUAAUCCUGGUCAAUCAUUGACCCAUACACAUAAUAACUGGCCAUCAACCAAUCAGAAUUCAUGCAAUUGUGGUAGUCAGUUGUAGCACAAUAACUUUUGGACAGGGUUGUUCAGAACACUCACACACAGAACAAUGGGUCAUCCAAACAGUUGGUGGCUGCACGUGUGUCCAUCUUAAAACAGUUCCAUUGUUAUUUUAGUACCAUGCCUGAUAAUUGUAUAAUUCAUAUUAAAUCCAUCUUCUAAAAUCCCUGAUCAUCACCUUUGCUCUUUAGGAUCAGGAAGUAGAACGUGAAUUUAGUUCCAUUUUGAAAUUUUGCCCUGUUUAGUGCAAGAAAUAACAAAAACACAAGUAUUUCCUAAUUAAAAUAAUAGGCAAAAGGUACAGCAUGUGUGCUGCAUGCCAACGUUUGCAUUUUAGACUGUUUCAAAAGCACUAAUAUGGAUUAGGCCAGUAGUCAAGCUGAAGCUCCCAGUAUCCUGCUCAGUCUUUGAAGAGUUGGGUCAAAGGCCAAAGCUUGACCAUUGGUGUUGUAAACUCACAGAGUUAGUCCUUUAUUUCCACCUGUGUUUUUUCAUGAUAUUCUGUAACCCUUGUGCUUGAUUUGCUCUGUUGUUGUUCCAUAUCCCUGUCUGUGAGCUGAUACUGAAUGAAUAAAUGCUGUGCCACAUCUGUAUCUUC